GGAGUCAUGUGCCCAACCUUGUCCUCCCAUAACACAGACAGAGGGACAUGAGAGGAGUAAAUAAACUAGCCGGGGCUUAAUUUACUCAGUGGAUGUACUACAGAGCAAGAGUGACUCUUCUUGUCACAUGCACUCUCUUUAAUUGGAGGGGAAAGUCAGACUUCUAGUGUGGGCUGAGUGGCUGGUCAUUCUUGGACCAUGAAGCUUAGUGUCGCAUUGUUUUUUGCUGGGCUCUUUGGGGCUUUGGCAGCUGUGUUCAUCCUCCUCUCGUUUGGAACGGAUUACUGGCUGCUGGCCUCAGAGACCUGCCCAACAAAACCUGUCGGAUCUGUUGUUCUGGGUGAUGUGACUGUAGAGCGUGGCGAUGUGGUGAUGCAGGAUGGCACCGGUAAAAUCACUCUAUACCAUGAGGGUUUUUUCUGGAGGUGUAAGUUCGGAGGUGACUUGGGUGAUGACAACCUGCUGUGGAAGCUCUGGUUCACAAAUCAGCCUCACUCAAAAGUGUGCACACCCGCCUACCUCUUCCCUUUCCCCGUGUCUCAUCAGACCCAUAAUGUCACAGAGUAUGAUUCUGCCAUAAUCUACAGAAGCUUCUGGAGCAUCUUUAUGCUCAUUGGUGUGGCAGCUGUUGUGCUUGGUGGGUUCAUCAUCAUCUGUGCUGCUCCGUUUGCCAGCCAUCGCUUGUAUAAAGCAGGGGGCGGCCUCUUCCUGGCAUCUGGUCUUUUCCUGCUGUGUGUGGUGGUGAUGUACGUACUGUGGCUGCAGGUGUUGGAUGUGGUGGAUGUCUACAUAGACCACCAACGCUCUCUGUGUCCAGAUUUCCAGCUGUCCCUCAACUAUGGUCUGUCGUUCAUGUUUGCACCCAUUGGCAUUUUCUUCUGCCUCCUGUCCGGCCUUCUUUUCCUCCUCAUUGGCCGAACCAUCCAGAUUCACUACCACUGAUUUUAACCAGCAGCAGGUUAGAGGAAGUGUAAGCCUUUAGAUGUUUAAAUUUAUUAUACCACUGGACCUUUGAUAUUUUCCCAUUUUGUCUGCCAUGCUGAUUCUGUAGAUACUAUGUGGCAGCUCUGUGGUAUAAAUUAUCUGAUAUCUGAGUUUUGAACACUUUGUUCCAGGAAAAAAAACAUUUUAACCAUUGUGAUCUAUGUCAAACACAGCUCUGUGCUAUCAGGAGAUAGUAGACUAUUUGAGAAUUUCUCAACACGCCUGAUCACAAAUACCUGUGGUACCUAAUGCUGUUGUUUGAAUUUUGCUAGUGUUGAUGGCUGUGAGUGUUAUAAGUUUAUGUUCAUGAAAAUUACCAGCAAUCAUAUAUGGGAAUGAGAUAAAGAGGUUCCUUGGUUGAAAAAGUAAUACAAAGAUAUAUGUUGCUUUGUAUAGUGUUUAAAAAAAAAACUUUAUAAAAAGUGCACAGUGAAAGCUUAUAAGGUGGCAUGAUUGCUGAUGAUCUUCUAUUAUGUAUACAGUCAUAGGAGUCAGUGUUUUUUGGAAAGAACACCUGGCCAGCUGACAGUUUAAAGGGCUAGGCUGAUGAUAUUCUAUAUUUUUGUUAUUAUCAACAUAACCAAUGAAAACACCAAAACGAAUUAUUUCCAACUUCCUCACCUUGUAUGCGGCACUAAGCUCCAAGCCCAUUCAUUUAUACUCAAGUUCUAACCUUUAAAAAUUAACCACAAUAUAAACUUUUAUUUUAAAAAAGGGCUAAAAAAGUUCCUGAAACAGCUGAGCACUGCAGUUUUUAGCAAACGUUACUCAAACAGAAGUAAAUAGAAUAUUUGUUGGGGAACUUUUUUUUAGCAUAAUGUGUAUCGGCUCAGUAUAAACUACAUAAUAAAGGAAUAUGUCACCCAGUGCAACAAUAUGGCUAAAUGUUUAAAUGGAGCUUACUACACCUAGUAAUAAACUGGGUGAAUUCAUUGUUGGUUUUGGUCUUUUUCUUGACAAUGAGAAGAAUUUAAUAUAUCAUCAGAUUCAUCCUGUAACAUAAUCAAAUAUUUAUAUAUGCUGAGUGUAUUGUGCUCAGUUUUUCUGCAGUAUUAUUUCACUAUAUCUGUACAUAGCCUGAAACUGUUCUGUCGUUGGGUCAUAUUUUAUUCUGUUGAACCUAUUAAUUGUUUCAGCACAGUUUAUUCUGUUCAUAAGUGGAGCUUGAAGCACUUUUGGCAUUUUAUGUUGAGUUUAUUUAACUGUUUAUGUUGUUGAGUUUUUUGUUCUACACGAUUUUAGGUUCUUCUAUGAGUUGAGUGUGUUGUGAGAUUCUGACAUCAUAUCUGUCCAAAUAAAUGCCCCCCCUCGUGAUCUGUCAGACAAUAAAAUGAUGAGGUGAAGGCAAGCUUUGAUGUCUAAAUGUUAAAAUGAAUUAUUUUGUCCUUGUAACAAAGAAUUAUGAUAGGAUUGGCGCUUGUGAAUCCAGGCUUUUCAGAAGAUAGUGUCAGGUGUGUGUAGCCAAAAUCAGCAGUCCCAUUUCAAAGUAAAGGUACCGGCACACUGAAAAAAAAGCAGAAGAGGCUCUUGAGCUGCAAAAUGAAUACAUUAAUUCCACAUGCAAAAAAGUAAGUGACAAAAAACGUUUGUUUCAAAGGACCAUCAUCAGCACAAAUAUGUCAGACUAACAGCAAUGACAAAUCAGGAGAACACCUUUUGAAAUUGGAUUAUAUUGAUUGUUGCUGGCAUUUUCUA